AGCAUAGAGAAAUAUACUAGUUAGUUCAAAGAAAUAAUUGUUAUGUGAUUUAACUGUGGUUGGCAACAGUUAACUUUGUGCUUUAACUAGUUCAGACCUGCCUCAGUAUCGUUUUCAGAUCGUGUCAAAGGGGGCGCAAUACGAGCGAAAGCCUGUGAGCGCCGCUCAACACUGAACUCCAGUCGCAGGGGAUGAUCGUGUGAGUUCUCAGGAGUCAGACCCCUGUUCUCUACACACCCUAAUUACAUCCACAACAGGUCCGAGAACAACCAUCCUCUCUACUGCAUGUCGGUCCAUAACUUCUGUCAAGAUCUCGUUUGCUCUUGUGACUUUAAAGAACUGAAGGAAACUUCAGCACCUGCUCCUCUCUUCCAGAGGACCCCAGAGUGCAGUGCGCAAUGAAUUCAACAGUUUUCAACGACACGGACAGUGCUUUGUUUUCCAACAGAAGCAUCGAGAGCUUUCUUUCGUGUUGUAAUCUGUCCUCAGUGGUGACGGACAGCGGGUUUGUGUCCGCGGCGCUGGACGAGCGCAGCGUGUUCAUCAUGCGCGCGGUGCAGAUCGCGGUCAUGUGCGUGCUCGCGCUCACCGUCGUCUUCGGCAUCUUCUUUUUAGGCUGUAACUUGCUCAUUAAGUCCGAGGGAAUGAUCAACUUUCUGGUCACGGACAGAAGACCGUCAAAGGACGUCGAAGCGGUCAUCGUUGGAUCGUACUAGUGCGUAAAAGUUUCAUGGUUUGAUGGGACGCAAGAAACGAAGAGAGGUUCUGCCCUGACGGUAGAAGAAACGGGCACACUGAAGUUAUGAUUCACUGUUUCCACUGGGAAAAGUGCAGUUUAUGAGGAAAGUAAAGGUGAAAGUGUGCCCUGAGACCUGGUGGAAAUUAAUAUAAAAGUGGAGAAUCUCUCACAUGGACCCACUUUAAUGUUCAUAAUGCUUGUAGAACAAACUGCUUAUUAAUGUGGGUAAACAAUGCAUGCAUUUUUAAUAAUGCAUUUAAAGUUUAAUAAAAAUUUAAUAAUUU